AUGGCGCCCCGUCAGCACCUGGGGAGUCCAUCCCCUAGUCUCGUGUGCCGAAUCCUGACUCUCACCCAGUGCAGCAAGAUGCCUCCUCCACUGUGGCAUGUGAUCCGCUCAGCUCAGUGUUCUUUUCCUACAAGAGAAGACCGAGUGCCUACAAAUGAAGGUAUUUGGUGGGCUUGUGUCCAACAGAAUGGAGCUGAGUGUUUCUGUGGGGUUGCACAAGAAUGUAAACUCUGUUAUGAAGGACUAACCAAGGGCAGGCUGGUGGACCUCUUGGAAAGGUGUCGAUCCCAGGAGCACUCUCUAAUCACCUUCCUGCCCACCCAGCUCCAUCUCAGAAUCAGCUUCCAGGGGCACACAUCCUGUGACGUGGAGGUGCCUUAUCGUCGAAUACUUGGAGCACCCAUAUGUCAGACAAAGGAAAUCAGGCUAUACAUUAAAAUAACUGAAGACACACGUUCAAGAAAUAGAAACACAAGAGGGAACUUUGAAUCAUUUAUUGCUGCCUAUUCUUUGCAGAGACACUGCCAUCAGGAGGAGAUUUCAACACCAGGGCCACUGACGAGUGGAGGGUACAGAAGGUCACAAAAUACAGAGGGCCUAAAACAAGGAUUUAAAGAGAUAAGAAAACUGAGGCCCAAGGUUUCUCUGACUUGCCUGGCAUCACACAGCUCAAAUGGAAACCAAAUUCUGCGAUUCUGUCUGUCUCUUUCUGGCAUCACCCUGAAAAGGCCCCCUUCUCCUUUCCUGUAUACCAGUGGAUCUCAACCAACGGCAACUUUACCUCUCAGGGGACAUUUGGAAAUGUCUGGAGGUAUUUUUGGUUGACACAACUGGCGGAGGAGGGCACAGAUACAGGUGCUACUGGCAUCCAGUAGGCGGAAGCCAAGGAUGCUGCUAUACAUCCGACGGUGCACAGACUACUCCCACAAAGAAGUAUCUGGCCCUAAAGGUCAAUAGUGCAGAGGCAGAAAAGCCAAGGUCGGGACUGCGCCCCACAUCAGACGGAAGUUCCAACCUCCGGGAGUUGCCAGGGCUCCUCUGCCCAGCGACAGGCUUGGCCUCUCUCCCAAGGCUGCCACAAGAGCUGAAGCCACUGUCUAGAGUGCCCUUUGGCAGCGGGCAAGUGUCCCCUGUGGAGUUUCCUGCGGGACAGGCAGUGCAUCAGCUGGAGCUGCUGUGUGUUAUAAUUUAUAGUCACAGGACGCCUGUCUUCAUUUAGCAGCAAGCUCGCUGGCAGCUGCCCUGCCAGGGAGGAAGCGAGGCCCGCAGAGGCCCGCAGCACCCCCCACAGCUGACAGCCCGUGGUAUUUGGGGACGGCUGUUGCUCGGAGGCACCUGGGAAUAGGCCAGGGUGGAGAUGGCGCUGAGCACGUGGUCUCCCCUUCCGACCCGUCCGUCAGCAGCGGCCCCUGCCAGAAGAUGGCCUAUUGAACAUUUCCAGGAAUAGCACUGCCAAGCCUGUCAACUGCUUUCUUGGAAAUACACUCAAUAAGGAUGGCGGGCCUCCAGCAGGGAGAGCAGAAAGCCCGGCCUGGACCACGCCACUCAGAAACGGCAGGGCCUGGCUGCAGGCCCUGGCAGUGCCUUGGGGAAGAGGAGCUGUAGCUUCUGGAGUCGUUUAAAAACGUUCUCAGCGUGGAGGGGAGAUGACCACACCUUUCAGAAGGUCGGGCCCUGCUGACCUCAUGCAACCCCGUGACCUUUAAGUGCCUGCUGUGUUUGUUCAGACACCAGCCGACUGGAAGGCUAUCCGGCUUGGAGACCAGGUUUUAACUAGGUAUUAACUGUCAGCAGUGAUUGACCUCAGUGUCAUCUGGGGAGCCUUGGCCAUCACUCCUUCUGUUGUAAGCUUCACUCUCAAAUAGCGCCAAAGGAACAUAAGAAAGGGCGAGUAUUCCCCACUCCACCCCACCAACCCCACGCACACUGUCACUGUGGGGAUAUAGCAGAUAAGAGGCAAAGAUGUGAUAACGAGAGAAAAAUAUUAUAAUCCACCCUUCCCCUCAGCCCCUGCAGAAGUAACCUUCCCCCUCACAGAGGCCUGACAUUCCUGUUGUAAUCUGACCACUUGGAACUCUUUGCUCUCUGAGCUACGGCCUUCUCCAGCCUCUGGGGGGUUGCCCGGGGGUUGCCAGGCUUGGGGAUGCCCUAAGAAGGCCAGCUGCCUUCAAAGAAAAGCUCCUUAAAGAUGUAGGCAUUAUAAAAAAAGCAAGAAAUCAAAAACCGCUAUGUGGAGGGUUCAGGGAAUAUUGGUUCCUCACAUUUUAAAAACAAUAAUAGCGUUAUGAAGUUUACCACGGAGCAAGUAUGGGACAUCUAUUUCAUUUCUAAAAGCCACUGAUUCACAGGACAAACAUUAUUCGAGACCCACACUGAGCUACAAUUAGUUGGUGGUAGGGCUGCCAAACACACUAUCAGAUGCCCAAGUGAAUUUAAAGUUCAGAAAAACAACAGAUAAUCUUUUUGGUGUAAGUUUAUCUACAAGUCCAAUUUACCCGGGCGCUGUGUUUUUAUUUGUUAAAUCUGGUCACUUCUGUUUGGGGGGAUAAAUCGUCCUAGUUGUUAGUAACAGGGAACAGCACAUGGAUUUUGCUUUCCAGAGCUGUGAUGGUCUAUACCUCACAGGGAAGGAGGAGGGCAGCAAGGAAGGGGAGAGGAAGAUCAAGAAGAAAGGGAGAUAGGCAUAGUGAAGGAGAAAGAAACUAAGUGAAAGAGAAACAGGAAGUACUGAGGAAGGAUGAAAACAGGAACAUCUCAGAAAGACCUAAAAUGCUGAGACAGUUCACAGGAUGCUGUUUCCCUGGGAAAUGCUGUUCCCUUAGCUAAACACUGUUCCUGUAUCUUUUGCUGCUCAUUGUUCUAUCUGGUAAAACCCACAGUGACCACUAGGGACUAAUGAGUCCUCAAGCUAUGAUGGCAGCAUCUAGGCCAAUAUUACCCUGGAGGCAGGUUGAAACCAAACCUAAGACUAUAUCCAACCCUAAGACCUAUCCCCCCAUCCACUCACCCUACUCACCCGCACCCACAUUGCUGUCAUCAGAGGAUUGUGGAUUUUCAAAGAAUUGGCAUCUGAACAAUAUAACGGAGCUGGUUGUCAUGAUUCUAUGGAACUUUUUUGUUGUUGACGAUGAUUUGGAAAAUCAGUAGCUUCUUUUGCCUCGGGGUGAAAGUGGUGAUGAGCAGGGCGUGCAUGCAGACGCAGAGAUUUCCUGAGUUGUUAAUCCCCUUGUUCUCUGACCUGCAGAUAGGAGGCCAGGUUGGCCUGACCCAAAGAGAGAAGCCUUAAUAGGCUUCUAGGGGGAUGGAGGCAGGCCUCAUAGGGAAAAGCUGUCAUGGUGGUGGUGGUGGGAUGGAGGGAACCCUGCUUUGGAGCCCGCCAUCCCACAUGUAUCCUGGGGAAUGGAAAUGGGGCUGCCCUCGGUUACCUGGGCUGCGCUAUUAGAUGUGUGAUACCAGAGCAAGGGAAUAGGUCUCCCCAUAAACUCCAGUGAGGAGCAGAAGAGACUGACCAGUGGCCCACCAUGUUGUGACUCUAUUCCAGACAGCUGCUCAGACUGUGGCCACACGGGAUGUUGUCAUUACAACAGUAGCUAACACUCAGCAAGCAUCUCCUCUGGGCCAGGCAUGUGGGAGGUGCUUUAUAAACACUAUCCCAGCUGGCCUUCAACAACUGCCUGAUGUUGUAGGGAUACUCUUAUUUUUCAUAUUACUAUUUCCCUAAUUUAAGAGAGAGAGAAAUCACGACCGCAAAAAGUCAAGUUGCUGUUUCAAAGUCAACUGAUCAGUGAGUGUUCGGGCUGAGAUUUGCCUCCAGUCCGCCUAACUCCCAGCUCGGGAUUCACCCCCGUCCCUGCCGUCAGACUGCAGAGGUCAAAUCCCAGCUCCGUUACUUACUAGCUGCAUGACCUUGGGUAAGUUAUUUAAUCUCUCUGCGCAACUGCUUCAUCAUCUAUAAAACGGGGGUCAAAAUAGUAUCUAGCCCAUGGAGUUGCUGUGAAAAUUUAACGAGUUUGUGUCAAGCACUGAGAACCCAGUACUUUACUUCCCUUACUUCAUCCAGUCCUCUAACAGUUCUCGAAGUAAAUAUUAUUAUCCUUCUUUACAUGUGAGGAAACUGAGGCCCAGAGGGCUAAUUAGCUUGGUCAAGGUCAGUAAGUGGGACAGCUGAGAUUCAAACCCAGACAGAUUGAUCCAUAGUCCAUACUUAUAGAUUCUGCCUCUGUACACUUUUAUGUGUUCAUUUCAUAGUUUCUGCCUUUUAGAACUGGGACGUUGUCAGGUGGCAUUUUUGUAUACUUACACCUGUGGACAAGGUCCAAGAUCUUCCUUAAAGCUACCAAAUACAUAUCCUUCAUAGUAGAAUUGCUCAGAAGAUUCAACUUUUCUGAAUUUGCUCUCUAUCUCUGCUUGUUGAUAAUGACUCUAGUCGUCAGGUUAGGCUAGGCUACAGUGCAGUAACAAAUAAACCCUGAAAUCUCAAUGCUGUUAUCACAACAAAGGUUUAUUUCUCCCUCACAGAAAGCCUAAGGAACUUUCCUCUCUGCCUUGACCUUGUGGCUUCACACAAACAUGCAUGGUCACAGCCAAAUGAGACGGAAGAAGUGGAGGAGAUACUCCCAUUAACAUCCAUGGUCUGGUCGUGCCUCUUCUACUCACAGUCCUUUGGGCAGGAUAGUAACGUGGCCUCAACCCCUGCAAGCGAGGAGGUGAGGGGAGCACAUGGAUUUUGCUUCCCAGAGCUGUGAUGGUCUAUACCUCCAUGAAUAAACCCAGCUCAUAGCCUCAAGUUAAGAACAACUGCUAGCAACUUUAUUAACCAGGUUGUGAGAACCCCUUUCUUAUUAAUUAUAGUCAUGUAUUUACUUGAAUUGAAACCUCUUCAUUUGUUCAUUCAAUAAAUAUUUAUUGAGUGUUCCCUCUCUACCAGUAUUUUUAGGCCCCCAGGAAUAUAUCAGUAAAUGAAACAGAAUAAAGCCACUACUUUUGUAGAACUAGCAUUCCCGUGGGGAAUGGGAGAGGAUAGACACCUAACCCGAAAAAUAAGGAAGUGGUAUAAUAUAUUACAUGUUGGUAUGUACAAGGGAGAAAGAUAAAACAGGGAAGAGGGGAUCAAAGUGUGAGUGUGUGUAUGUGCGCACUGAGGGGAUGAUUUUAAAUAGGAGGGCUAGGGAAGACCUUCCUGAGAAGGUAACAUUUGAGCAGACAUCCAAAGAAUGCAAGAGGGCUCUGGGGUGAAAGCAUUCUAAGAAGAGGAAGCAACUGGCGCAAAGGCCCUGAGGCAGGGGACUGCCUGACGUGUCAGAGGAUGGCGGUGUGGCUGAGGCUGACGGAGAGCAGUAGAAGACGAGAUCAGGAUGGGGGUGGGAUGUACUGACCCUUGAGGACCUUGUGCUUUUACUCCUGCUUAAUAACCUCCAUUUUCUCCUCCUUGUCCUAAGAACCUGGUCCUGGCUCCUCCCCCACCUCCCAACACACCCACUGUUCUUCUCUCAGUCCCCCUGUAGCAGUGCCUCUCAGACUUGAGGGGCAUCAGGACCACCUGGGGGGAGUGUAAAAUCAGAUUUUCCAUAGUGGGGCCUGAGAAUCUGCCAUUCUCACAGGAUCCCAGGUGAUGCCCAUGCUGCUGGUACAGGGACCAGCCUUUGAGAAGCACAGCCCUAGUGUGACAAGCUCUCUCUUGCUUUUGGGCUUUUCUACUUAUUUCCUCAGGAAAGCUUGCCUGGAUUCCCGGACAGCACCAACUGCGUAUUUGUGAGGUCCAAGGCAACAUGAAAAUACAGACCCCUUGUUCGAAAAGCAGGGAAAAAAGGUUCAGUUACAGACAGGAUCAGCAAACUAUGACCCAUUGGCUGAAUCCUGCCUGCUGCUUGUUUUUGUAAUGAAGUUUUAUUGGAACAUAAAAACUCAUUUAUUUCGGUGUUGUCUGUGGCUGCUUUCAUAUUACAAGGAAGAGCUGAGUAAUGCAACAAGGAAUGUUUGGCCCAGGAAGCUUAAAACAUUUGCUGUCGGUUCUUUAUAGAAUUCUGCACUAGACUGUAAGAUCCCUGAAGGCAGGAAUCAGGUAUGUCUAGAACAGUGCCAGGCAUAUAGAAAAUGCUCAGUCAAUACUUGUUGAAAAACAAAAGAAUUAAAAAAUGAAUACAUAGAGAGCCUAGUAUUUUUUGAAGUAAUUUAUCUUAAAGAAAACCAUGUACAUUUUGUUUGAUUUCAUUUUUUGUUUUCAUAUAAAAAUUGUGUCUAAAGUUACUUACUACACUGUGAAAUUGACUCUCCAGGGAAAUGUAAGGUGUUUGUCUUGUAGUUGGCAUACCCUCCUGACAUGUUGCUAUACUCCUUAGUCUAAAGAAGCACAGGCAUUGAAAAUCCAUCAUUCCUCAUUAAAUAAUAUUUAUUGAGCAAGGCGUGGGGCUAACCAUUACGACAGGAGUGAUAAUAAUUUGCACUUGUAUCUUACCCAAGAGAAUUUUACAGGCUAUCGACCAAAGAGAAAAGGCUUGCAAAUAAUAUAUUAUAUACACAAGCAACUAUGAUAAAUAGUGUUCAGUGCAGAAGGAAAUUUCUGGAUCAAGUGCUAUCAUCUUUCAGAGUCAGGACACGUUCCUUGUGACUGUGAAAUCAGAAGAAGCUUCUCACCAGGCAUUCUUUUGGUCUCAGAUCCAAUCCCUGUUCUUUUUCUGCUUUGCUCUGCACCACAAGGAGCUAACUCCUGCAAACUUUAUUUCCCUAGCUCCCCUGCCAACUGAUUCCAGCUGAGUCCCUUCCGUGGGUGGCCACAGAGAAAGACCAGACGACUGAAGGAAGGGGGAGGAACCAGGGUAUUUCUCCUCACUCUCUGAGCCUCAGUUUUCUCACCUAUACGAUGAAAAAACCAAUAGAGUAUUUUCACAGGGUUUCUGUGAGAAAUAAGAUAAGGCAUGCAAAAUGCUUAGCAUGAUACCUUAUAUAUAAAAUAAACAUUCAAGGAGUAGAUCUAUUAUGGCUUUUAGCCUUGCUUAGGUAAGUGGAAAGAGUGCAGUGAUCAAUAAGUGAUGUCUGCCAAGAGUGCAGGGUUGGGGGCUAGUGCUAUUUGAGAGGAAUAUUUACCCAACCCUGAUAUCUUGGAGCUGUAUUGUGGAGAUAGAAUUGAGAGGACCUGGCAAAUGCAUUGACAGACUGGUAAGGUAUUGGGAGAAAUCAAAAAACUGGGAUGGUGAUACCAAAAGUAGACAUAGGCAAUGAAUAAGAAAGAGUAGGUUUGGGAAAGAGGAUUAUGAAUUCAUUUUUAGAUAAGGUGUUGGGCUUUUUCCAAUUACCAAAAAACAAAAACCCCAAAACAAAAAAAUGAUACACUUAAGAACACCACAAGAGAUGGGAGAUGUUGAUAGAAAUACACGUGUGCAGUGACUUAGCAGAGAAAACCAUCUCAGCAGCGACACGCUCAGACCUAAUGGACAACUGGAAAACUAUGCGGGAGACCACAGCAAUUCCAGUUACUAUAGUCUAGUCUUCUCUUAAGAGGAGAAACCAUUGUUCUUUACUUACUGAGUCUUCCCUGCUCAGGACUCUCUCUGCUUCUGGUUCUGUCUCUAGUUUUCUUCUUCCUGCCUCUGUGCUGUGGUUAUAUUCUUUGCGUCCAGCAUUCAAGAUGAUCAGACUGCAUAUUUACCAUUUAGUGUGGGGCUUCCCAACUAGGAUGCAUUCUCAGCUCAGACCAUCUCACAGUUUCCUUAGGUCUGGCCCAUAUUGGACAUCUUUGGCUUGGAGUGGCAGCUGUGGCCAGCAUAGCAGUCACCUGACAAGGUGUGUCAAAGUCCACCCUCUCAGGAGCUGUGUAACUAGCUGUGAAACCAGUAGGUUUUAUGGUGUAGACAUGGUGAGUGAGCUGGAGAUGUCAUUGAGAUCUCCAUGGAGCUGAAAAAGUAAGAUUGGGUCAUGUUGAGAGAGCAUUGAGGAGACUUAAUUACUUCUAAUGUUAUAUAUCCCAUGCAAAUUCAAUCAUACAAGAUCAAAAUCUGUCCAAGGUUCAGGGCAAAGACGUCAGAAAUUAAAAAGAUGGUUCUUCCAAUGGAAUCCAGAAAGUUAGACAAUUUGCAGAGGAAGGGAUUUUCUUACUGUCGUUUAUAGGGACUUCACCAAUUUUUUUUCUGUUUUUUUUGGGGGGGGGCAUGCCACAUGGCAUGCGGGACCUUAAUUCCCUGACCAGGAAUCGAACCCGCACCCUCAGCAGUGAAAGCGUGGAGUCUUAACCACUGGACCACCAGGGAAUACGUGGGACUUCAUGCAUUUCUUAGAGGAACAACCUAGAAAUUGGCUUGGAGGGGUGGGUGUGGUGAGGUUAGGGUUUUCUUACUGCUUUGAGAAUAAAAUAGUCUACAGUUUAGGAAAACAAACAAAACAACCCAACCCUCUGUGAUUCUUCCCAGAACUCUUCAAAUCCAAGACAUCCAUCACAUUGAAACUUGAGGGGCCCAGAGCUUGCAACACACAUAUUCCAAGGAUAAGUUGAUAUGAGCUCACACAUAUGUAUUUCUUUAAAAACAAAGAGAGGAAGGAAAAAAAAGAAAGAGAAGAAAAAAAUUUUAAAAGCAGUGUUUUGAAAAUCUAUUAUUGAUGGAGACAAAUGGGGCUGUAAGGGGGCAGGUGGAUGCUUGCUCUUAAAUCCCAGGUGAGGACAAACAGGCCAGUUCUUUAGGCAGCAACACCUGAUAGAUGGUAUAUGCACUUUUUUUUUUUUAAUCCUUCAGAGAGACGUGCCCCAGCAUGCAAAGUCUUGCGUUAGAAUAAUUUAAAUUAAAAAUAAUGAAUUCCACAGACACUAUUGAAGAAGUGGAAAAUUUUAAAUGAAGGAAAAUAGCCAUAUCCUAUCCUCUAACCAUACCCCCUUAUUAUAUAAGUACUUUUAUCAUUUUAUUCAUAUUCAUAUUUAAUUUUAAUGUAAUGGUCAUUGGACCCCCUUGGGCUCACCAUGCAGAAUUUCUGGGUCUGAAUGCUGACUCCAGUGCUUGGCCUUGCUAUGACAUGGCAAGUUACUUAAACUCUCUGGGCCUCGGCUUUCUCAUCUGAGCACUGGGAUAGUAAUAGUACCAACUUGAGGAUUAAAUGAGACAGCUUCUAUAGCGUGCCUAGUUCAGUGCCUGGCACACAGUUAUAACCGUUAUGCUCACCCAUCAUUAAAAUAAGGCAGGGGCUUCCCUGGUGGUGCAGUGGUUGAGAGUCCGCCUGCCGAUGCAGGGGACAUGGGUUCGUGCCCCAG